AUUGCCAUUAUACACUGUAGCUUAUGUACACAUGACAUUAAGACCUUUGAAUCAACUAUGUGGAUGUUUUGGAAGAUUUUGUGUUCCACAUAAAUGAAUGAAUGUUGUGUUCAGGUUCCAGGUGGACUCUGCGGUGGACCUGCAGCAGGUGGUGGAUCGCUGCCCGGAUCACAUGACCGGCGCCGACCUGUACGCUCUGUGUUCAGACGCCAUGACGGCCGCCAUCAAGAGGAAGAUCUCUCUCAUCGAUGAGGGUCUGGACUCGGAGGAAUCUCCUGUCCUCGUCACCGUUGAGGAUUUCUCUUCAGCGUUGGAUAACUUCAAGCCGUCAGUUUCCGAGGAGGAGCUUCUGAGAUACAGAAACAUUCAACAGAAACUCACCGCAAAGUAGAAGCUGAUGGUGUUCACUCUCCUAAAAACACAAGGACUCUGACAAUGGUUUAAUUUAAAAUGCCAUCAUGUAUGAAGAAAAUGUUGUUUGUAAUAUACUGUAAAUGAAGUUAAUUUAUUUAAUUGUGAAAUGUAAUUAAUAAAUAGAGAAGUUAAUUUUCACAGAUGCAUUGUUUUUUUCCUCAUGAAAGCACAGUCACUACAUCAUCUGCGUCACGAGUCAGAUCAGCCAAUCAGGUGGAGGAUUU